AUGUACGGAGUUCAAUACUCAUCAGAAAGACUGAUAGCGCUCUUCUGGAGAAAUAUUGCUGUCCUUGCCGCUGCUCUCUUAUUCAGAUGGCUAUGGCGCUGGAGGGAAGGACCCAAAUCCGGCGGGCUUUCACGGCCCACGGUGUUCGAUCUGGAGAAGAUAGCACCAUACCCAAGCGAACAAAUCAAAGGAUUCGAGAAACACCGGAUUAGGAUGGCCCUGAAGAAGAUGGAUCGAAUAAACUGGUUGACCGUUGACAGGAACUAUUGUUCUUUGUAUGAAAUUCGCAAUACCCUGUUCAACACGCAGAAAGAAAAGAUGGUCCAGUGCUUGCCGGAGGCGCGAGAGGCAUGUCAGGAAGCAUUGCGAGAAAUUGUCACAUUCCUUUGCAAGAGAUAUCCAGCGAUGUUCGAAACAUACGCAUCUAGCUCUGGGCAGAGAGUUAGAAACAACAAGACUGGGGAAGAGUUCAGCCUUAAUGGCUGGGACGACUCCCUCUCACCCCUUGAGAUCGCUGCCAGAUUAUCUAUGGAUGAUAUGAAUAUUAUUUUGAAGAACAAAGAGGGAAUGCACUACAUGGCGGCAACUGCCAGCUGCUUCCAAAUUGGCUGGCGCGCAGAUGAACGGAUUGGGGAAACCAUUGCUCGUAUGCACGCCCCUGUGCCGCAGUGGGAAAAAGAAAUCGGAUAUGCUGCUAAUAAGUUCAUGACACGAUUGGCACCGGAAAUGCCAAUGGAAAGGGCAAGCUACUUCAUCCAAGUCAGCCGUCCCGGGCAGCAGCUCCCCGAGAUUCUAUUUCAACCUGAUGGCGUGGUACACACGGACCUGGAACCGCAGGCAGAGCAUCUUAUUAUUCGAAAAGAAAGGCAGUCAUUCACACGACUUCCAAAAUCCGGAGCCCUUCUCUUUAACGUUAAAACGUCCCUAACAUAUCUACCAGAUCUCCCGCUCGAAGAAUUGCGGAACAUGGUUAAGGAAAUAAACAGCUGGCCUGAGGACAUGGCAAAAUAUAAAGGAAGAGAACACUGGGGUCUUGUAGUGCAUGAGCACUGCAAGAAGCGGGAGCGAGAUGAGGUGCGUUAG